UUUCUUUCGACCACCCGCUCCCUACCCUUGAAAAACGGAUCCAUCCAACCCUCCCGCUUUGGCUUUUGUUCCCUCCUCUCGCUCGACUUUCGUUUCUUCCCUCCCCUUUCCCUUCUCGCGGGAGACAUAGGAAGAAGAAGCGAGAGGAAGAAGAAGAGGGCCCUCUGCUUCAGCUGUAUCUUUGUACGAGGUUUAAUAUAGAUAAAUGGCUGACUCCGAAGAUAUCCAGCCCCUCGUUUGUGAUAAUGGAACUGGAAUGGUGAAGGCUGGUUUUGCUGGCGAUGAUGCUCCAAGGGCAGUCUUCCCAAGUAUUGUUGGCCGGCCUCGACAUACAGGUGUUAUGGUUGGAAUGGGACAAAAGGAUGCAUAUGUUGGUGAUGAAGCCCAGUCCAAAAGAGGUAUCCUCACCUUAAAGUACCCAAUUGAGCAUGGGAUUGUUAGCAACUGGGAUGACAUGGAGAAGAUCUGGCAUCACACCUUCUACAAUGAGCUCCGUGUUGCCCCAGAGGAGCACCCUGUUCUUCUUACUGAAGCUCCACUGAACCCAAAAGCCAACAGGGAGAAGAUGACACAGAUCAUGUUUGAAACGUUUAAUGUUCCUGCCAUGUAUGUGGCCAUUCAGGCCGUUCUCUCUCUUUAUGCCAGUGGACGUACCACAGGUAUCGUAUUGGAUUCCGGUGAUGGAGUCAGCCACACAGUGCCUAUCUAUGAAGGUUAUGCUCUUCCUCAUGCCAUCCUCCGGCUUGACCUUGCUGGUAGGGAUCUGACUGAUGCACUCAUGAAGAUUCUCACUGAAAGAGGAUAUUCCUUCACAACAACUGCUGAACGGGAAAUUGUCCGUGACAUGAAGGAGAAGCUUGCUUAUGUUGCCCUUGACUUUGAGCAAGAGCUUGAGACUGCUAAGACCAGUUCUUCCAUUGAGAAGAGCUAUGAGCUGCCCGAUGGACAAGUCAUUACAAUUGGAGCUGAGCGUUUCCGAUGUCCAGAAGUGCUGUUCCAGCCAUCUCUCAUUGGUAUGGAAGCUGCUGGCAUCCAUGAGACCACAUACAACUCCAUCAUGAAGUGCGAUGUUGAUAUUAGGAAGGACUUGUAUGGAAACAUUGUGCUUAGUGGUGGAUCAACCAUGUUCCCUGGCAUUGCUGACCGUAUGAGCAAGGAGAUCACUGCCUUAGCUCCCAGCAGCAUGAAGAUCAAGGUGGUGGCACCGCCUGAAAGGAAAUACAGUGUCUGGAUUGGAGGCUCAAUCUUGGCAUCGUUGAGCACAUUCCAACAGAUGUGGAUAUCAAAGGCAGAGUAUGACGAAUCCGGCCCGUCCAUUGUCCACCGGAAAUGCUUCUAGGUCUGGUUGUCUGAGCUUUUUGAUUUGAGUUCCAGUAGCGUUUGUGGAGUCGGAUGUUUCGUUGUGAAAUCAUCUCCAUUUGUUAUAUCCCAAGCUGAAAUUUGUUCUCCCUCUCUAUAUGUUAUAUAAUAGCAUGAACUCUCAAGUGUAGGUUGGAUUGCAUAUCUUUAGCUAGUCUUAUUCA